UAAUUUUUUAAUCAUUUGUAUUUCAUAAAAAAAAAUUUUAACAUGGAUCACAAAAUUUGAAUGUGAAACUUUUAACAGUUUUAGUAAUUUAUAGUCAUUUUUAAAAAUUCAAAAUAUAACAUAAACAGAAAAAAGUAAAUUUUUAUUAUAUGGUUAUUGUGGUUGUUUAAUUUAUUUUAAUAGUUUGAAAUUAAACAAAUACGAUAGAAGAUACAUUAAUUUUUAUCAAAUCUUUAUUAUACAAAAUCAUUAAUUGCCAUAUAUACUUUAGCCACAUUAGGCAAUUCUGUAAUUUUUAUUUAAGGAAAUCAUGAAGAACAUUAAUAAUGAAUUUAUGGUUAGUUUAAUAAAAAGUUUCUUAUAUAAUUAGAUGGAUCAGCAUAUUUUUCUAAUAAUUCAAAGAAUCAUCCUAGUGAUGACACGUGGCUACAAAAAGAAGUUGUAAUGUUUCUCAAAUAAUAUAUAUAGGAUAUUAGUGUAGUCUUUCAGUUUUAUAAUCACGCAUUUUCAGUUCACGAGAACAGAACGCCACCACUUAGAACUAUAACCUUAUCAUGAAAUUCUCACCGAGAUUCUUAUACAUAUAAUGGGAAGAUGCUACAUGUUGACUUGUCUUAAAAUUAUGCUGAAAUAGUCUCAGCAGUAAAUUGUUUGUGACUAGCAAGAGGCUCAGCUUAAUGUUCUCGUUCUCAUUCUAGACAACUCUAUAAAAACAUGCUUAGAUUUAUACCAAUAAAUCUCUUCACAUAGGAGAAAGUGUUCUCUGGCUUGUAUCUUCAAAUCGGUCAUGGUUCUUACAAAUUUAUUGGAUUAAUUUAUAAAAAAAUAUUAAUUUGACUCUAAAAUCCAUCUGAAUUCUUCUGAAAUCCACUUAUUUGUUUUUAAAAUCAGUACAUUUAUCAAAGAUUUCCAAAUCCAAAAAAAAUUUAUAAAUCUGUUAAACGAUCAUAACCUAUAACUCCCACUUAAUGUCCAACCGAAGCUGGUUAAAGCAUUAAAACAUUUUUAACGACGGACACUUAUCCCAGGAUCCCAACUCCGUGAAAUCAUCGAAAACCUAGGUCGCCUUUCUCAUCGCCGCUUCGAUACGUUACUUUUUUCUUUUUUACUUGAUUUCAUGUUUAAUGAAGUGUUUAUUAUUAUUGAGUUAAAAUAUUUGAUUUUAGGGUUUAUAAGUAUAAUACUUCUUAAGAAGUUAUUCACUAACAUACUUCUUCAGAAAUCUUCUAAUAGCAAACUUCUCUACAAGUCUUCUAUUAGCAAACUUCUUGGGAAGUUUUCUCUACCAAAUUGUUUUAACCUAGCUAGAAUUUUUGACUCCUAUGUAAAGAAAAUUUACUCAUUCUCUCUCUUUCUCUCAGAUGACUACAACAAAAAGGUAAUAUUUCUCAUUCUAAAACUCUAUAACCUCUCCCUAAUCUCUCUGAACUUGAAGACACCAAACUUUAUAUUAAAUGUUUCAUCUUUUGUCUCAUAUCUUUCUCACCAGUCUAUCUUGUUUUCAUUCCAUAGUUUUCAUCUUCCACUUCUAAAAAGGUAGAUCUAUAAAUGUUGGAUAGGUAUUUUUUAGUUUUAUGUUUUGUAUGUUUGAUUCAAACGAAACAAUAGAUUCAACUUAAUGUGAUUGUUUUGUUUAUUAUUGAAGCAUAAAAAGUUCUAUCUUAAAAGAUUUUCUCUGGUUUAAAUUCAUUUGUAGCAUUUUUCGAUUUGAAGACAAUAUCAGACUUCGGAUUUUAUUAGCAAACUUCUCAAAAAGACUCCUGGAGAAGUAUGUUAUGCAAACUGCGAAAAUUGCAAAGAUCUUAUUUUUGACCAGUUUUGUUUUUGUUUUUGUGUGUUUAGUAUAAAUAAAGUUAAAGAUUAACUUUAAUAUGAUUAUUUUCUUAUUAAUUUAGCUGAAAUUUUUAUUUUUAUGGUUUAUCUUUCUUUUUAAAAAAUUAAGAUAUAAAACAAUUAAUAUUUUCGAUAUAUUCAUUUCUUGUGUGUCAUAAAACCAAAUACACAUAUAAAUUCAAAACCAUUGUGAUUAUAUAUUAAUAUUUUAGCUAUAAAAUUUUCUAGUUUCAAACAACAUGAAAUAUUUCUUGUGUGUUAUAUUCAAAUAAAAAUAUAUAUUAAAUUUAUUGCAAUUGUUUUGUUCUUAUUUAAUCCUACAAUUUUUAUUUAAAAGAAAAAUCCUCUAUUUGAAUCAUUUUAAAAAAUUAGAUAUGCAUGGUUUAGAGACCUGAGGACUAUAUAUCAGACUUCAGAGUAGACUUCUGAGAUAUAUUUCUCAUAGACUACUCAGCAAACUUCACCACAAAUUAAACGAAAAAUUAAAAUUUAAGCGGAAAAAUAAAAGUUUAAAUGAAAUUUGACCGCAAACUAGAAGACUUCUAGAGAAUUAGUAGUCUUCUCUAGAAAUCUUCUAAUUUGCGGUAAAAUUUCCCUGACAAUUUUAGUUCCCUUUUAAGGUUAAGAAAUUCUUUUUUAAUAGUUUAUAUAAUAUUGUAAAUAAUGCAUCCACUUCAUUUCUAAUCUAAUAAAAAUUAUUUUCCUAAUUAUUUACUUCAGUUCUUGUAAUGAUAAACUAUUGUCUUCAUUGUUAUUUUUUUGUUAAGAUUAUGGUUGUGCAACUUAAAGGGGAUGCUUAUGUGUUGUCCUUUAUCAGUUUUGUGUAAUUUGGAUGAUAAUGAUGAUAACAAAGUAUACGUACUAUGCAGAGAUUUAUAAUAUAACACUUGACACAAGUUCAACAUAUUACACCUUUAAUGUCACAUAAGUUAAAAAAAAAUACACAAGUUUAAACAUAUGAAUUUGUAAGCAUAUUAAAAUUUGAAUACACAUGAAUUAACAAGAACAUCUUAAAAUUUCAAUUUAUGUAUGGAGCAAAUGCAAGUUUAUUUCAACACUAACAUAGAAGACUUCUCAAAAAUUCUGCUUUCAUUAGCUGGAAACAUAAAUAAACAUGAAUAUUGUUAAUUUCAUAAUAAUUAUUAUAAACUUAAGUUAAAAAAAAAAUAAUGCAUAAGCUUAAACAUCUGACAUCUCAAGUUUAUUAAAACUUGAAUACACAUGGAUUAGCAAGAAAAACUUAAAAUUCAUUUAAAUAUGAAAAAUGUAAGUUUACUAAAACUAACGGGAGAAGACUUAUCUCAUUAACUAGAAACAUAAAUAAAUAUGAAUAUUUCUAACCUCAUAAUUAUAAACUAGUAAGUUAUAAAUUUAAUUGAUAAGUUUUAAUGAAAAAUACACAUGAAUUAACAAGAAAAAUUUAAAAAAUCAUUUUCAAUAUGGAGAAAUGCAAAUUUUACAAAAACUAACCGAGUUGAGAAGUCUUUGCACCAGAAAACUUCUUCAUAAGUAUUAUCCCAGCAUACUUCUCUAUAGGUUUUUUGUUAUGGAUAUUUUUGCAUUCAGCAAACUUCUUAGGAAGUCUCUUUUGUAAAUUAUUGAGUUUCUUGGCAUUUAAUUUUUUAUAUUUUUUCAGAGAAGACACUUCUAGAAAAAUCUUAUAUGAUAAUUAGAUUAAUUUUGCGAUUGACCAAAAUUUUGUUAAAAUUUGACUUUUUCAUAGAAGACUUCGCGAGAAAUCUUCCAGUAGAAGACUUAUGGGAAAGUUUGUUUUUACUGUUAUGUGUAGUCUCUGAAGUGUCGUAAGAAGUCUACGUAGGUUAAUUUUUACAACUGACGAUGUUUGACUUUAUAAGAAAAGCUUCUAGACUUCUAGAAAAGUCUUAUAUGGGAACACUUCUAUAGAAUUCUUUUACCAGAAGACUUCUAUAGAAGUCUGCUUACAAGACCAAAGUUUUGACAAAAAUUUCGGAGUAAAAUGAAAGAAAUAUUUUCAAGAAUUCUUCUAAUUAUUUAAUUUUAAUAUUAAAUGUUUUAUUAAUUAUUAUCAUUUGCAAAUUUAACAUAUGCAGAUUUCUUACUAGAUUUGAGAGACUUCGUGAGAUUGUAAGAAGACUUCUUUGGAAAAAUCAAAUUUCUACAAAACUUCAGUCAAUUGCAAAAAAAUUAUCAUUUUUAGACCUUGUGAAAUUCAUGUUUACGUUCUCUAAACACACAUAAUUUAUUAAGGAAAGUUACCCACUCGUUCUUAACUAUGAAUUAUGAACUUGAGUAAUUCCGUUAAGCUAAAUAGUUUGGGUGGUUUUCCCCUUUUUGGUGUGUCCCUGAUCAUUAAUAUGACUUAUUAUGUAAAGUAAACCUCAAAAUGCGACUGCGAAUGUAACGUAAUCAUGAUAUAAGUGUCAAGUAAAAAUAAUAAUAAGUUAAUUACACUAAGAAAUACUUUUUGACUUUCUAUUACACCUAGAGACACUUCUUACAUGUGACACACUUUGUUGUAGGCUAGCAACAGAUUGUGGACAAUUUUGCCCUUAAUGGAAAGGAGACUUGUGAAGGGGUGAUUUGUGGACGAGUGGUGCGUGGUUGAAUGAUUUGUGGACGGGUGAUGUGUGGAUGAGUGAUGAGUAAUGUGAUGUUAAUGUGUUUAUAGUAGAUAACGUGGAUAAACUCUCUGUUUUGAUUCCAUAAAACUAUACAACAAUACGUGGACAUUGACUCAUGUUAUUAAGAUUAUACCAUAAAACGUGGACACGGACUCUAUUAUCUCCAAUACAAACAAUUGGCUUCUUCAGCUCAAUUGAUAAAUUAUCUGCAAUUAAACUUCAAUCAAGACGAGAAAGAGAUGAUAUUGUGAGUAUGUGUAGAGAGAAAAAUCGAAGAAUCGUUUACCUUUUGUCGGAGAGUAAUAGUUUAUUAUGACAAUUAUUUUUGUUUAAUAUAUUUUAGAACUUGAGAUAAAAGUAAAUAAAUACAUAAAGUAGAAUAAGAAAAAUAAUAAAAUGAAAUAAGAAGAGGAGAGAAAUUCUCUUUAGUUUAGGGUCAUAAGAGUCUUUUUUAUCAAAAAAAAAGUAUGUCUCAAGUGAUAAGUGUCUUGUAGUGUAAUUGCAAUGUGAGAAAGUGUUUCUAGAUGUAAAAAAUUCAAUAAUAAUUGGACCAUAUCAUUUUAUCCAGAGGGGGUUGCUUACGUGGAGAAAUACUGAACUCAAUAAGAAAAGAUAAUAAUAUUUGGAAAAAUCUCAAAUGAAUUGUAAAUUGUUGAUUGUGUGGAGAAAAAAGCUCCGCAGAGACACUCAAUUUGUGGCUGUGUGUAUCUUUGAAUAAUAACAUCCUCUCUCCCACAUUUCUCUAUCUCUCUCUCUCUCAGACAAAAAUGGUGGAAGAUGAACAAUGAAGAAGGAUCAGCUCAUGCAUUAACCAUGCUGUUAUGUUCCUCUCAUGGCUUCUCACAUCCUUCCUUAUUACCACAAUCCAAUUCUGUUUUAUCCCAAUCGAAAAUUCAUCGGCCACCAUCCCCGUUUCUGCAGCAAGCUCCUGAGGACAAGAAUUAGGGUUCCUCGAAGCUCAGCCAUUAGCGACGGUGGCAUCUCUCACAAUACUUUAGUUUCCAAGGCUGUAAGGCUUUUAGUUCCACAAGCAAACUUUGAUUCCUCAAAGCUCAAAGUGGAGUUCUUAGGGGAGACAUUGGAGACUAAAGCUAGCGGAGGGAUUAUAACACCUCGCACAUAUAUUCUUUCACACUGUGACUUCACCGCUAACUUGACCUUAACCAUCUCAAACAUCAUCAACCUGGAUCAACUAGAAGGCUGGUACCAGAGAGACGAUGUGGUUGCUGAGUGGAAGAAGGUGAACGACGAGAUGCGGUUACAUAUUCAUUGUUGUGUUAGUGGGCUUAGUGUAUUGCAGGAUGUGGCUGCAGAGCUUAGGUAUCACAUAUUCUCCAAGGAACUGCCUUUGGGGCUAAAAGUUGUGAUCUAUGGAGAUUCAGUCAUGUUUAGAGAGAACCCUGAGCUAAUGGAUGCUUAUGUAUGGGUUUAUUUCCAUUCAAGCACACCUAAAUACAAUCGGAUUGAGUGUUGGGGACCUCUCAAGGACGCUGCAAAGGGAAAGCAGAUUGGCAAUCAUCAAGGCUUCUUGAGUUCAAAUACUUCUUCGAGGAAACUGAUUCAGCCUAAGUCUAUUUUUCAUACCCUGUUUACAUUUCUUCUGUGAGACAAGUUGUACAUUCUCCUCUUCUUUAUUUUUUGCAAGUGAUGAGCAUCUGACACAAUUACAAUCUGCCAACUUUCAGUUGUUCAUACUCGAAGUUUUUAUAAGAAACUUGCUCGUAAAACA